ACAAAUAUGAAGAUCUAGGGGUCCGGUAUAAUAUAAAAUAAAUUAGGGUUUGAUAUGAGAAAUACCCAAAAAUAAAACAGAAAAAAGUUGUCAGCCAUCAGUCUCAUCGUCUCCGCAAGCACUAUGCAACGCUUCCGUGUUUUCCUCCCCCGCGCCACCCGGGCCCACCACUUCCAUUUCCAACCCUAUCUGGGUCCCACCUCGUCCACAUCGCCGACGGUUCUCUUCCGGCGAACUCUAUUCCUAGAAACCGUCUCUAAUCCUGUCAAGCUGAACAAGCUCUCCGACUCCGACGCCGGGAUUGUUGAGGUGAAGCUCGAUAGAGCUGAGGUCAAGAACGCAAUUGGGAAGGAGAUGGUCAGAGGAUUGCAGAGCGCGUUUGAGUUCAUUGAUCGAGAUUCUUCGGCUAGGGUUAUUUUGAUUUCUAGCGCGGUUCCUGGGGUUUUCUGCGCUGGUGCUGAUCUCAAGGAGCGCAAGAAGCAGACUUCUUCGGAGGUCCAUCAAUUCGUGCACUCGUUGCGCUCAACAUUCUCUUCGUUGGAGGCACUCCCUCUUCCUACAAUUGCUGUUAUUGAAGGAGCUGCUCUGGGGGGAGGACUAGAGUUGGUUCUUUCUUGUGAUCUUCGUGUAUGCGGAGAGGAUGCAAGAUUUGGCAUGCCAGAAACUGGACUCGCUAUUAUCCCUGGGGCUGGUGGGACACACAGACUCCCUAGGGUAGUUGGAAGAUCAAUUGCUAAGGAACUUGUAUUUACUGGUCGGAGAGUUGAUGGCAAGGAAGCUUUAUCCAUGGGACUCGUCAAUCAUUGUGUUUCUGCUGGCAAGGCAUACUUAAAGGCUCUUCAAAUUGCCCGAGAUAUAAACCAGAAGGGUCCAUUGGCUAUAAGGAUGGCUAAGAAAGCUAUCAGUCAGGGAGUAGAAGCAGAAAUGUCAUCGGCACUUGCUGUGGAAGAAGAAUGUUAUGCGCAGCUUCUCAACACCGAGGAUCGUCUUGAGGGUUUAGCUGCAUUUGCAGAGAAGAGAAAACCAAGAUACACUGGAAAAUAGGACCUAAGAAGCAUCGCCAUUUAUCUCAUAUUGACAGAAGAUGAAUAUGGGACAUUAAUUCAGCAGGUCAAUACCUUGAAAUGGCUGGUUACGUUGUAAUAAGCCAUAUUUCUGCCUUUUUACUAGAAAAUUAUUGUGUUCAUUGAGUGUUCUGUGUCGCUCUAUGUUCACAGACGCAGCUACUGGGAUUUAUAAAUAAGAGGCGAAUGAAGAUCUGCACGGUAAAGUAGGAUGAAGUAAAUAAGGGCCGCAAAGUUCAGUUUUUGUA